CUUCCUGGUUGCGCGCUCCGGCGCGGAGGUCUGACGGAGACAGCGCGUGCGCGGCGUCGCCGGGCUUGUGACGAACUUCCGGUUAUCAAGCUCCCGGCCGGGCUGACUCCAGCGGAGCGGUCGCCGCGGCGGUUCCCGCCCAGGCUCCUGUGACCGCCAGGCAGCGUCUCCACCAUGUCCCAGCCCCAGACCCCAGAGCAGGCACUGGACACACUGGGGGACUGCCCGCCGGGCAGAAGAGACGAGGACUCUGGGGAGGGGAUCCAGUGCUCCCAACGCAUGCUCAACUUCAGUGACGCCCUGCUGUCCAUCAUCGCCACCGUCAUGAUCCUGCCUGUGACCCACACGGAGAUCUCCCCGGAACAGCAGUUCGACAGAAGUGUUCAGAGGCUUCUGGCAACACGUAUCGCAGUCUACCUGAUGACCUUUCUCAUCGUGACGGUGGCCUGGGCGGCACACACAAGGUUGUUCCAAGUUGUUGGGAAAACAGACGACACACUUGCCCUGCUCAACCUGGCCUGCAUGAUGACCAUCACCUUCCUGCCUUACACGUUUUCCUUAAUGGUGACCUUCCCUGAUGUGCCCCUGGGCAUCUUCUUGUUCUGUGUGUGUGUGAUCACCAUCGGGGUCGUGCAGGCACUGAUUGUGGGGUAUGCAUUUCACUUCCCGCACCUGCUGAGCCCGCAGAUCCAGUGCUCCGUCCACAGGGCUCGGUACCGACAACACGUCCUGGGCAUCGUCCUCCAAGGCCCAGUCCUGUGCUUUGCAGCGGCCAUCUUCUCCCUCUUCUUUGUCCCCUUGUCUUACCUGCUGAUGGUGACUGUCAUCCUCCUCCCUUACGUCAGCAAGGUCACCGGCUGGUGCAGAGACAGGCUCCUGGGCCAUAGGGAGCCCUCGGCUCACCCAGUGGAAGUCUUCACAUUUGACCUCCACGAGCCACUCAGCAAGGAGCGGGUAGAAGCCUUCAGCGACGGCGUCUAUGCCAUCGUGGCCACCCUUCUCAUCCUGGACAUCUGCGAAGACAACGUCCCGGACCCCAAGGAAGUGAAGGAGAGGUUCGGCGGCAGCCUCGUGGCUGCCCUGAGCGCGACCGGGCCGCGCUUCCUGGCGUACUUUGGCUCCUUCGCCACGGUGGGGCUGCUGUGGUUCGCCCACCACUCCCUCUUCCUGCACGUGCGCAAGGCCACGCGGGCCAUGGGGCUGCUGAACACGCUCUCGCUGGCCUUUGUGGGCGGCCUCCCGCUGGCCUACCAGCAGACCUCGGCCUUCGCCCGGCAGCCCCGCGACGAGCUGGAGCGUGUGCGCGUCAGCUGCGCCAUCAUCUUCCUGGCCAGCAUCUUCCAGUUUGCCAUCUGGACCACGGCGCUGCUGCACCAGGCGGAGACGCUGCAGCCCUCAGUGUGGUUUGGCGGCCGGGAGCACGCGCUCAUGUUCGCGAAGCUGGCCCUGUACCCCUGCGCCAGUCUGCUGGCCUUCGCCUCCACCUGUCUGCUGAGCAGGUUCAGCGUGGGCAUCUUCCACCUCAUGCAGAUCGCCGUGCCCUGCGCCUUCCUGUUGCUGCGCCUGCUCGUGGGCCUGGCCCUGGCCAGCCUGCGGGUCCUGCGUGGCAUCGCCCGGCCUGAACACCCACCACCAGCCCCUACGCGCCAGGACGACGCACAGUCCCAGCUCCUCCCUGCCCCCUGCUAGCGGCCACAGAGCGCGCUCCCUGCCAUCCCCACCAGAGAUGGACCAGGGAGGACAGGACGCCGGGCAGGGGAAGCCGAGUCGCGGGCAAGCCACAGUGGUUCUUGCGUGGUCGGGUUUUAUUUUCAUUGUGAAAUAUGCUCUAUUUCAGUCCUCAAA